AUGGGUAAAUGGGAAGAAAAUACACAUUCAAAAAAAGAAAAGAAUGACUCAUCGAUCCAUCUACCCGCUCAGACACCGUCACACAUAUACACAUACACACAUGCAUAUACAUACACACAUACAUACAUACAUACAUACACAUACACAUACACAACACACACACACAUACUCAACUUCCUUUCCGGAUUUAUCCAUCAACCUUUCACAUAUGCAUAA